AAAGUAAAAAAAUCACAAUAAGAUAAAAGAAAAUGCACAAUGAGAGUUGGCAAUGUCAGUUGCUAGCUAGCACUAAGCAUAAUUAUGCACUAAAAUAAGCAAAGUGCUGAUUAAAAGAAGAAAAAAAAUUAAGUAAUCAAUAUAAAGAGAGCGAAGAAACAGUAGAAAGGAGGAAUUUUUAAUCAUUUUAAGGUAGCAGUGGCGGUGGUUAAUCAUCAAAGCUCUCUUUUUGAUGCAAGCGUGGGUAUAAAUCUAGCACCUUUGCCGUGGUUCUUCUUUCUUUCACUCUCCCUUCGAUUCCACAGUUACCCAUCUUCAAGUUUUCUAUCUCUGCGGCUAAAUUUUGUGCCUUUCUGUAUUUCUCGUCGUGUAUGUAUAUCUAUUUGUGUGGGGUGUGGGUUGGUGCUUGUGGCAGUGUGUAGCAGAGUGUGUGCCAAAAAAGCACAGAGGGUUUCGAACAGAACACUGAGAACAGAGACCAAAAAUUCAACGAAGUUUUGUUUGAGUAGGAAAAGGGCUUGAAAGAAUAGCAGCAGUAACAAAAAAGUAGAAAAGAAUCUGAAAUGGACUGUUACUGGUAGCUCAAACACAAUUUUGAAGGAAGGCAUCUAUUGUUGGCUACUUUUUCUAUUCUUGUCAAGAAUAGAUGGAAAUGUGUGACAAAGAUAAACUCGAGCUUGAUAAGAGGAAUGAUAAUCAUGUAGACUACCAUUUACCAGCUGGUGUGCCCUCAGACUGGCGAUUUAGCAGUGCCAGUAUCGCAAAUUCAUCUCUGGGUUUGGUUUCCACUGAUAAUCAGAUGCCAGUUUGCAGAGGAGAUCUAGUUGGCACUUCUUGUUCUUCUGCUCCUAUGGUGGACUCUUUUAGUCCAGGACUAUGGGACCACACCACAAAUUCACAGAACUUGGGAUUUUGUGAUAUUGGUGUCCAAAAUAGUGCAAGCACUUCAAACCCAAUAGGAAUUAGAAAAGGCUGUCCCCCGUCAUUGAGAAGUUGUAUUGAUAAAGCGCCAGAUAUCGGGUGGAAUCCACCAAGUUCCAUGCUGAAAGAUGGUAUUUUCUUUCCUACUGCACCUGGGGUGCUCCCAGAGAGCUUAUCUCAGUUUCCUGCGGACUCUACAUUCAUUGAGCGUGCUGCUAGGUUUUCCUGCUUCAAUGGCGGCAAUUUUAGUGAUAUGGUGAAUCCUUAUGGAAUUCCUGAGCCGAUGGAUCUUUACUCUAGGGGUGGGGGAAUGAUGCAAGGACCACAAGAGUUUUUUGCGGGGACUGGGUUGAAAUCAGUAUCUGGUGGACAAGGUCAUAAGAAUGUUAUGAAUAUGGGUGACACCUCUAAAGCUACUUCUUUAUCAGUUGAACCUGUGGCUACUGAAGGGAGCCCACUCAAGAAUGGGAGGAAAAUUGGGAGCCUUGUAAGAUCUCAUGAUGAAGGAAAACUAGGCGCUGGUGGGUCUGGUAAUGAGUCUGAGGAAGCAGACUUCAGUGGUGGUGGCUGUCAAAAAGAGCAAUGUAUGUUGGAAGGAAAUGGUGGAGAACUGUCUGCUAAAAGCCUUGGCUCAAAGAAAAGGAAAAGAAAUGGGCAGGAUACCGACCUUGAUCACGGCAAGGGAGCCCAACAAUCUGUCGAAGCUGCAAAGGAUAACCCUGAAGUUCAACAGAUGGACAAAAGUCCAACUUCAACUCCCAAUAAGACCACUGGGAAACAAGGUAAACAAGGAUCUCAAGCUUCAGAUUCACCAAAAGAAGAAUAUAUUCAUGUGAGAGCUCGAAGAGGUCAAGCCACAAAUAGCCAUAGUCUUGCAGAAAGAGUCAGGAGGGAAAAGAUUAGUGAAAGGAUGAAGUUUCUGCAAGACCUUGUACCUGGUUGCAGCAAGGUUACUGGCAAGGCAGUGAUGCUAGAUGAAAUCAUCAACUAUGUACAAUCUCUGCAACGGCAGGUUGAGUUUCUAUCAAUGAAACUGGCAACAGUAAAUCCAAGGCUGGAUUUCAAUAUAGAAGGAAUGAUCACAAAAGAUAUCCUUCACUCGAGGGUGGUUCCUUCAUCUAAUCUGGAAUUCUCACCAGAGGUGCCUAUGGUUUAUCCCCCGUUUAAUGCAUCUCAACCAGGACUUAUCCAGGCUUCUUUUCCUGGCAUGGAGAACCAUUCUGAUGUGCUCCGGAGAGCCAUUAGUUCCCAACUGACACCAAUGACUGGAGUAUUCAAGGAGCCUACUCAGCUUCCCAAUGUAUGGGAUUAUGAGCUCCACAAUGUUGUCCAAAUGGGCUAUGCAACCAGUGCUCCACAAGAUAGCCAAGAUAUGAAUGGAUCACUGCCACAAGGCCAAAUGAAAGCCGAACUUUGAUUACUCAGCUUACUUUUAUGUGAAAUGAAGUAUGGCUGCACCACUAAUAUUGAGGAUAAAGAGCACGCAAAACUAGAUUCUCUUCGAUGUAAGGAGGCUGAUAAAGAGAGAUGCUUCUAAGCCAGCUUCAAAGGUUUGAGGGUUUAGUUGCAUGUGGAAAGCGAAGAAGGUUUGAGAGCUUAGAAGGUCAGUUGCAUAACCUACACAGGGAGAUUGACAUCCAUUUGCCUUGAUGAUUAUUGCCUAUUUGAUGUCAGAUUGAUCUCCACGCUUCUAUUGUAUGUCCUUUAAUUAAUUACUAGAUUCCCCAGAAAGCUGGAAAAAUGGCUGUCAUGGAAUUGGAUGAUGUGAUGCUAGAAUGUAUAGGUUGAUACUUCAAGGAUACCUCUGAUGAAUAUAGGCUAAUAGAGAAGCUCAUAUCACGUAUUUUCUUAAUUGAAAUGAGCUUUGUAAUUUAUAGAACAAUGGAAACCAUGUUGGUAAUCUUUAUCUGGUCGUGUGAUUCAGGUACUUGCCUAGUAGUACGACGAAGUGUUCUUCUAGAUUGAUAUAUGUCAGAUUAGUUAUUUUUAUUUCA